CUGGACGGCGCGGCCAGGUGAUGGUGGGCCCCUGUGUUUCUCCAGAGGAAAGGGCACACCCAGAGCAGCCGUGUCCCCAGACUGCCCCAGUGAGGCAUUUUAACAUUACCCUUUGGGAAGUGAGCAGCCCUGAACCUGUCUCCGUUAAGGGUCCUUAGGAUGCAGUGAUUAAGGAAUUAGGCUUUCCCUCCGGGAGGGGCACUGCCUGCGCCUGUGAACUCUGUAAAGAGAAAAAGGACAGAAUGAUGCUGUCCGAGCAAGCCCAAAAGUGGUUUCCAACCCACGUGCAGGUCACAGUGCUUCAAGCCAAAGAUCUGAAGCCAAAAGGCAAAAGUGGCACCAAUGACACAUACACUAUAAUUCAGCUGGGCAAGGAAAAAUACUCCACCUCUGUAGCUGAGAAAACCCUUGAGCCAGUCUGGAAGGAAGAGGCCUCUUUUGAGCUACCUGGAUUGCUAAUGCAGGGGAAUCCAGAGAAAUACAUUCUUUUCCUCAUAGUUAUGCACAGGUCCCUGGUGGGUCUGGAUAAAUUUUUAGGGCAGGUGGCAAUCAAUCUCAAUGACAUCUUUGAGGACAAACAAAGAAGGAAAACAGAGUGGUUUAGAUUAGAAUCCAAACAAGGAAAAAGCGCCAAAAACAGGGGUGAGAUAAAGGUCAAUAUUCAAUUUAUGAGAAACAACAUGACAGCAAGUAUGUUUGACUUAUCAAUGAAGGACAAAACAAGAUCUCCUUUUGCAAAAUUAAAAGAUAAAAUGAAAGGUAGAAAAAAUGAUGGGACAUUUUCUGAUACAUCUUCUGCAAUCAUUCCAACUACUCACAUGCCCGAUGCCAGUACUGAAUUUUCAAGUGGUGAAAUGCAGAUGAAAUCCAAACCAAAAAAGCCUUUUCUUUUGGGUCCUCAGCGACUCUCGUCAGCGCAUUCAAUGUCUGAUUUAUCUGGGUCCCACAUGUCUUCUGAGAAACUGAAGUGUAGCACCAUAGGUCAAACACAUCUUCUUGGACGCCAGAUAGAUUCCUUUGGAAUGGUUCCAGAAAGUGGAAGUCUCAAAUCUCCACACAGAAGAACAUUAAGCUUUGAUACUUCUAAAAUGAACCAACCUGACAGCAUCGUGGAUGAAGGUGAAUUGUCUUUCGGAAAACAAAAUGACCCAUUUACAAAUGUGACUGCUUCAUUACCCCAAAAAUUUGCAACACUGCCAAGGAAGAAAAAUCCAUUUGAAGAAAGCAGUGAAUCGUGGGACAGCAGCAUGAAUUUAUUUUCAAAAUCAAUUGAAGUAAGAAAAGAAAAUAAAAGAGAAAAAAGGGAAAAAGUUAGCCUGUUUGAAAGAGUUACUGGAAAAAAAGAUAGCCGAAGAUCUGAUAAACUUCACAAUGGGGGAUCUGACAGUCCUUGUGACUUGAAAUCACCUAAUGCAUUUAGUGAAAAUCGUCAGGACUAUUUUGAUUAUGAGUCAACUAAUCCGUUUACAGCAAAAUUCAGGGCUUCAAAUAUAAUGCCAUCUUCAAGACCUGCCUCACUUCCUAGAACAUUGCCAGUUGGCCUCUUACACAGAAUUGUAGUCACGGAGCUACUUUCCAUGUCAUUCCUUGACUGUUUUCAUAUGAAUCCGACAUGCAAUGAAGACCUCAGGAAAAUCCCGGACAGCAACCCUUUUGAUGCCACUGCAGGGUAUCGUAGUCUGACCUACGAAGAGGUACUCCAGGAACUGGUGAAACACAAAGAACUCCUUAGGAGGAAGGACACCCACAUCCGGGAGCUGGAGGACUACAUCGACAACCUGCUCGUCAGGGUGAUGGAAGAAACGCCCAGUAUUCUCAGAGUGCCAUACGAGCCAUCCAGGAAAGCUGGCAAAUUCUCCAAUAGUUAAUAAAGCCAGUUGUACUGUGUUUAUAAUUGGAGGAAGAAAGAGAGAAAGAAGGAAAAACUUGUUACUCAAAGAGACAACACUACGAGAGGUUUCAUUUCAUACUCUCCUACGUUGUGAAAAAUGGUUUUACCUAUAAAUAUCAGCAGGGACUUAUCAAGAGUGACCUUUGAAGCAAGCAAAAGAAUUUAAAAAUGGGCCAUAUUCUCGAUAAAUAAGCAGUUCCUUAGGAUUCACUUAGGUGCUGGUGCUGGCCCACUAACCUGCCAUAUGCUCAGAAAUAUCUUCAGAAGUACGUGAUUUAUUCCUCAGGAAUAGAUUUCAUAAAGCAGAAUUGAUACUGUGGUUGGUUUCUCAGAAGUCAAUUUAUAGAGCUAUUUAGCUUCAGGAAUACUGCUUCAUUAUAAACACUACUGAAAAUACAGUUCCUAUUUUAUAUACAUAUGUGUACAUGAAUAUAUGUUCAUGUAUCUCGUAUAUAGAAUACAGGCAUAUACCUCAUACAUACAUGUGUUUUUAGAACAUUUAAAAACCAACUGGUUGCCUCUAAGGUUAGGAUCCCGAUUUCUUAAUUUGAAACUGUGUGUGCUCUAUCGAUGCAAGACAAGGCGUCAUCAUUACCAUUAUGGUUUGUUACAGAGAAGCUGCUUCAGAUCACUCUUGACUGUGUGAACCUUGGUUUCAAAGGGAGCUACUAUGUAUUACUCCCGCAUCAAGUUUUUGCUCUUUUCCCAAAAGUAAUGCUCUAAAAUCCUUCUCUGAAGAAUGACAAAUUUUAGGACCCUUCAUUAACUUCACAACAGCAUGAAUUUCUUUGAAUUAUUUAAUAAUUAUCUUAACAUGGGUAUAAGCAGAAGGUGAUCUAACGUAAUUUGUUUCCUUGUGAUUCUGCAUGCCAUUAAGUCACUGGCAAAGAAAAUAUUGUGAAGUUAGCUCUGAAAAUAAUUUGGGGGAAAGAAAAGUAGGUGAUCAUCUGGUGUUUGAUAACCCAAAGCAGUGGGCAAACUCUAGACAUGAAAAAUUAGGCUUGGUUUCAAGUUACAUCAAUAAUAGAACAGAUGGUUGCUUUGGGGUCUUAAACCAAAAUAAGACUUAAUAAAGGAAGAGUGAGUUUUUAGAGCAAAUCUUUGCUAGGAUGACAUUUUUUAUAUAUGUAUAUUAUUCUACCAUCCAAACUUUAAGAGUUGAUUGAUUACAAAAUUAUAUGUCUUUUUUUUAAGUCCAUUCUUCCAAAAUGUUCUUUCAGAGAUUAUAUAUUUGUACAAAAUUAUUCUGAAAUUUAAGUUGAAAAGCAAUAGUAUAAAAAUGUUGUUAAUCUUCUGCUUAUUUUUCAGCCUUGAAAAUCCUUUUACUAUGAAACAAUGAGGGUAUCUGUGUCUUUCUGAAUUUAAAGUGAAAAAUGAAUCUGCACAUGGAGACUUACAUAGUCCCCAAUCCUUUAAUGAAUUGAAUUUUUCCCUAAUGUUGAUCUCUAGUAAGACUUCAUUGAAAGUUAAAUAAAAGCCAGAUAUAAUAGUUUUGCUUAUUUUAAUAUUUCAAAUCAGAGUGCUUGGUCAAGCUUAUAUUCAUAAGCUAAAAACUACAUCUUAUUUGCAUUUUCUGAAUUAACCUUUCUAUGAGAAUAUGCAUUUUGAAAUUGUGAAAUGUUUUUUCCAAAUAAAAAGUAAAUAUUUGAAUAAAAUUAAGAAAUGGAAAAGGAAGGAUAGGUUUCAUCAAUUUUUUUCCUUCCCCUUACGGUUAAUUAAAGUUCUGUAAUAAACCUCAAAAUCUAGUGUAGAAUUUUAUUUCCCCAUUUUAAGUCAUGGUAAUUAUGAUUUGUAAAGAUGGUGUCAUUUUUAUUAACAUUUACUGAAUGUUACAAAUUGUUUAGCAUUAGUUUUUUUCUGGCAGUAUUAUUGAGGCUCUUGUUACACUUUUUAAAAUGCCAAAAUCCAUAUGUUUUCAGUGUUACGGCAGAUAUCUGAAGAUACUGUAAUAUGCUUUGGCCAAAUUUGCUCUUUAUAGAGUGAACCAAGCUUUGUUUUGGAGAUAACAUUUUACAUAAAUAGAGCUCAUUAAAAGUAUGGUUCAAGUAUUGCUAUUUCUUUUAUGAGGAAAUUCAUCUUAAAGGAUCAAUUCUUUGCCUAUAUAAAAAUUAUUAUUAGAUUAAUCCAUUGGUUAUGAAAGAAUCAAUAUUUUUAUCCUUGAAUCUGAGCUAAGUAUUGUAUUUAAAACUGAAUAUACAUUUAACACUGCCUGAAAAUGUUCUCUUUCCAUGUUCAUGAAUUUUCGCUCACGACCUAGCGUAAACAUACUACAUAUUUUCAUAAUCAGUCAAAAAGACUGAGAUCCCAAGUAAACAUAUCAGGGUUUCCUGUGUUUAGACAGAGUAGGCUUAAUUUUUAGCACUGUACAGGAAACGGCCAAAAAGGAUCACCUGAGUUUAUUUUUCCAAAAUACCACUUCAAGUAUUCUAAUGAGGUAUUUUAUUAGUAGUUUAGAACUGGAAAUAAAAUUUAUGUGCUCAUUAAAUAACGCAUGGUCCAAUAGAUUAUAAACAGAUUUUACAUUUGCUUUUAUGCUUAAAGAAUGCAUGCUCAAAAGCAUUUCCACCAAGAGAACUUUUAUCACUGAAUUGGUAUUUAUCUCAAGUAAGCUAACAGACUUCCAUUACAUAAUUAAACUAUUUCUGCUAUUAUUUUAAAAACAGUAUUAUUUUACAACCAGUUCUCCCAGUUAAAAUUUAGCUUUAAAAAUAUUAAACAUACCUUCCUACCACUUAGGCUUCCAGUUUCAUUUAUUGAAUAACACGGUCGUAUCUUAGAACUGUAUAUAAAAUAACGUAACCCAUUCAUGAAAAGUGUCUAAAUAUUGCUUUUUGCUGCUGAAUAUCUGCACUGAACGUAGUUUUGCCAUUUCCCACAAAUGUAGUACUAUCUGUAGGUUAUACAUAACAACAUCUAUUGCUUUUGGCAGUAAAUCAAGAUUUAGUUGUAAUUUUCCAGCUGUGAAAAUGUUGCCUUGUAUUUAAUAAAAGGGUUUCAUGAAUGGAAGCCUAAGUAAAACUAAGCUCAUUAGUGACAGACUUGCUUUCUUCAUGUCCGUCCUUCACCCACUUCCCCACCCCAUACCCCCACGUACCAACCCCCAAAAGGGUGCUUACUCUUUAAAAAGGAGAAUCUUUAAAAAAAAAAAAAAAUACUCCUGUCUUAUAUCUGCAGUAAUUGUUACAUUAGAGCUUUUAGUUUCCUCUGUAGCUUUUCAGAAAAAGCAGCCUACCUUGGAUUUGUAAACCAACCUGAAACUUUUUGAUGUUCAUGUACUCGUAUGUCUUGUAGCUGGUAGGUGUCAUUGGUGUGUGUGUGAGUGAAGUAUAAAGCAUGCCCAUCCACUCCAUCUCUUUGAAGUAAAGGAGCGGAUCCCAGUGCUGCCGUCCAGGCUGGUAGACGGGAAGGUCUGUCAGCAGCCAUGGAAAGCCCCCUCUGCACAGAUGUAUAACUUUAAUAAUCCAGAGGCAAUCAUAGGAAGUAUUUAAUAUGCAGUAGGUAGCACCUUAACUAAUUAAUCUGCAUAUGAAGGGUUUUCUGAUGUAUUGAAUAAGAAGUGUAGCUCUUCAAGCAUUAAACUAGACUUGACGUUUUACUCCGUUUAUUUUCUCUGUCAAAAAAAAAAAAAAACCUCCACUCUUGCAAUGGAAUUGAAGUCUAACAAAUGGUACAUUUGGGCCUAUUAAUCUUCAAAGCUUCCAGAUGGUUUGUAUUUUGAGGUACGAAAAAUGCUGCAGAUCUAGAGAUGUAUAUAUUUGGCAGGAAUUUGAAAGAUACAAGCAUUAUUUAUAACUGAAGAGUAUUACACUUCUGAAGUAAGAGCUCUAUCUAGUAACUUGUGUACAUUUUUUCAGAUUCAAAUUCAAAAGUAAGCACUGUAUAAUGUGGCAGUUGUAUAAUUUAUGUAAUCUUAUGCAUGAAUCAGAAUUUUUAUAUGAUUAUUGAUUUAUUAUUGUUGAUUAAAGUGUUUAAACUUAA